UUUGGUUUGGGUUGGUAGCCUAGCACGGUGUCUGUGUGACAUCCUCCUGCAGUCCUGCAUCCAGAAUUUCUCAAAUUUCAAAGAAAAAAACCUGAAUUCGUACUACACAAUAAAUACAAGCUAAAUUUUCAUUAAUACCACCCAAUUUUACUCUGCUUCUCACCCAUUUUCACUCUCAGAAGUGCAAUUUUGCUCUUACAGGACUCAAUUACUGCUACUUCUGCUUCUUUUCCUUCCACUUUCUUCAAUGGCCCUCCAUAAGAUGAAGAUAUUCAAUUCUGUUGCCAGCAAGAUUCUGUGCACCGUGAAAUCUUCUCAACACUUCAGCAAACGUGGAUUCUGCAGCUUCUACGGUGAGUCAACAGAAGCCAAGAACGUGAACGUCUUCAUGAAACAGGGCCCACAGAAAUCCAUGGAGUCAUGGGAAGAAGAUGGAUCGCUUCGAUUUCGGUUUGAUAUUCCAGGAGUCCCAAAAGAGAAAGUAAAGCUGGAGGUUGUAGGGAAUACAUUGACUUUUGAAGCUGAAGCAGUGGAGAUUCCAUGUGAUGAGGGAAUUCGGGCUUACGACACUUCCAUUGAGCUGAACCCAAUAUUUUACAAUCUAGCCAAAGUCCAGGUAGAACUACUUCAUGGAGUUCUGUACAUUGACAUUCCUAUCCAUUCCUCUCCCUAGAUUUUAUCGUGUCAUGAGUUUGUGAAAUGGUAGCCUAUCAUCUAUUCAUUUCUUGAAAUGUAAAUACACAACAAAAUAUUUCUGUAAUCAGAGUUAAAACUGAAAAUUCUGUCUCAUAGACCCUAUUAGAACCCCAGAAUUUUAUGCUCCUCUUCUAAAACAUUUCUGUAGCACAUUCUCUGCAUUACGAAAUAGUAGUUUAGCUCCCCGUUGCUGGACUGUUCUUCUUGUACCGUUGUACGUACAUUGAUUUAGGGAAAUCUUUCAGUCAGCAGUAACCUAAUUUGGAAGCUGAUGCUGGAAAAUGAAAAGAAAUUUUGAAAUCAGAGUGAAACUGUCUCAUACAUAAACAGAUUAUUUUGUAUAUGAUGUUUAACCUGAACCUGUUCCUAAUGCUGUGCCGUUUUAAUUUAUGUUUCCUGCAUAAACAUCACGUUGGCUUUGAAGCAGCUGCAUGGUACUGGCAUUUUGUAGACGUGGUUUGGUUAUUCUUAUUUGUCUCUAUCUAUUGGUGGGGAGGUAUAUGAAUGGUUUUUGAGCUUUAAAUGUUAUGAGCAGUAUCGUAGUUUUAUCUGACCAAGAAGGUAAGAAGUAUACAUGGCUCAUACAAUACUUUGUGUGAUGUUACAUACAUUACUGUCAGUUUUGUGUAACAUAGGAAUAUAUGAACAUGUGUAACUAAACAACAUGCGCUAGAGUUGUUCCAUAGAGAAACACACAAGCAAGUUCGUGGAACCAUGGAAGAGCUGCAGCCACAUUCGAAGUUCAGGGGUUAGAAAUGUUGGGAUACCAUGGUGUGAAACUGCCUGCUUGGGCAAUUGAUAAUAACAUGGUAAAAUCUCUCCCUUUUCUUGUAAAGCUUCAUCUUGAAGAUUGCAAGGACUUGGAGCAAGUGCCACGCUUAGGAAAAUUGCAAAAUCUGAAGGUGCUCUCGCUUUUAUCAUUAGAAAAAUUGGAGUAUAUAGAAGAAGAUGAUCCUCAGGCUUCUGUGUCUGGAUUGUUAACUGCAGAAGAACCACCGUAUUUUCCCUCCCUAGAGCAACUUUGGCUAAAAAACUUGCUAAAGUUGAAAGGAUGGAUGAAAUCAGGGGUGGAGUUGGAUGAUGUUCGUCUUUCUCAAUUGAAUUCAUUGGUUAUAGACAAAUGCCCAGAACUGACAUGGAUCCCGCAAAGUCCUAUCCUAGAGGAUCUGACUGUAUAUUCAUUCAAUGAAAGACUGAUGCUGAUGAGAAUCCAUGAAGUUUCAUAUAGUCCUCCCUCAUCUCCUUCAUAUUUGAACAUUGGCAUUCCCUCUUCAUCGCAGUCAAUUGACCCUGGAAGUUCAAGUAAUAGUUAUAGUAGUAACGUUCUGAAAUUAAUUAAGGGCAGUGGAAUCAGACAAUGUGGCCUGGCUAAACUCACUACCAGUUGAGGCUUUUAAGUGCCUAUCUGAGAUGCACAUUAAAUAUGAUAAAGCGGUGGAGAGUACUAAUGAGAAGAUUGCUUGUAACGUGACUGUUCGAGGUGAUAAGGCAGUGCAGCUACUCGAAAGUGGUUUAAAGGUCAAGGAGUACGAGUUACUCAACAAAAACUUCAGUCACACUGGCUGCUUUGGUUUUGGUAUUCAAGAACACAUCGAUCUUGGAAUUAAGUAUGUUAUCUCGACUAUUAGCUUUCUUUCUUUCAUUAAUUAUUGCUAGUGUUGCUUCAA